AUGUGCUGGUCAAGGUUGUUGUUGGGGGAGGAUCCAGUGAAGGUUUACAAGAACGAUCCCGGGGAUGAAGGGCUUGUUGUAUCAGGAGCGGUUGAUGACUUUGGACUAUACUUCAUGUGGCAACCAGUUGUCCCUUCGCUUAAUCUGACACAGCAGGCACUCUGUGUAGAACAACAGAAAGAUAACAGCACAGGAAACCAUUCGAUUCAUCAGGCCUGUACAAGACUGUGGGAACAUCUGAAAGCUGACCUCACAAAGGGAAGCCAGUCCCGCCCUCCACUCCAGAGCGUCUCCCAUUGGUUAGAGGAACAGGCCGGCCCUCCCGAUACCCGCUCAUCCCAUUCGCUGGGCUCCCCGUCGAUCACUCAUGCUGGGCAGGCAAGACAUCGCCCCACCCCGCCAGUGUCCGCCCGAUUGGUUGGAGGACCAGACCGGUCCUCCGAACUCCGCCCUCACCCCAUUGGCCGCGGCCGCCCGUCCAUCAGCGGGCGGGUGGUCACGUGUCGCCCGCCGCCGCGGCCGCCGAUCGUUGGGCACCGUCUCUCUGUCACAGGCUCUGCUUCAGGGGAUCCUGCAAUUAACGGCCCGGGGCAGACAGGGAGCCCAGAGCGGGAGCGGAGCAUGGCAGAGCAUGAGGAGCCAGGGGGAAGGCUGGACGUGCCAGGGGGAGGCAACAUGGCCACCGGAGGAGGAGGAGGAGGUGCCGAAGGCACGGGCAAGGCCUACACCUGCCAGUUGUGCGGCCGGGGUUUCACCCAGUCAUCCAACUUGUCACGGCACAAGCGGAGCCACAGCGCUGAGCGGCCGUGCACCUGCGAGGUGUGCGGUAAGGGCUUCCUAUACCCCUCACAGCUGAAGACUCACAUGCUGGGCCACAGCGGUGAGAAGCCCCACUCCUGCCCCCAAUGCGGCAAGGCCUUCUCCCGCAUGUCGGGCCUGCUGACCCACCAGUGGGUGCACACUGGAGAGAGACCCUACACCUGCACCAUUUGCGGCAAUGGCUUCACCGACCCAUCAAGCCUCAGCGUCCACCAGCGGGGCCACACUGGCGAGCGGCCGUACGUCUGCGCCGAAUGCGGCAAAGCCUUCGCCCACUCUUCCACCCUGCUGGCCCACCAGCGGGUACACACCGGCGAAAGGCCCUAUGUCUGCCCAGACUGUGGCAAGGCCUUCACCCAGUCCUCGGUGCUGGUGGCUCAUCGCCGCCUGCACACGGACGAGCGACCCUAUAUCUGUGCCAUGUGCGGCCGAGCCUUCGCCCAGUCCUCCUCGCUGCUCACCCACCAGCGGGUUCACACUGAUGAGCGCCCCUUCGCCUGCCCGGUCUGUGGCAAACGCUUCCGCUGGCUCUGUAACCUUCGCACCCACCGGCGCACCCACACCGGCGAGCGCCCCUUUCCCUGCCCACUGUGUGGCAAGCGCUUCGUGGACUCGGGCAACCUGCAGGCCCACCGCCGGCUGCACACCGGCGCCAGGGACUUCUCCUGCACUGUGUGCGGCAAGGCCUUUGUGCAGCAGGCGGCGCUCCUGGUUCACCACCGGGUGCAUACUGGCGAGCGGCCCUACAUCUGCCCUGUCUGUGGCUGCGGCUUUGCCCUCUCCUCCACCCUUGCCAUACACCAACGCCGCCACACAGGCGAGAGGCCCUUCACCUGCACCGUCUGCGGCAAGGGCUUCUCCCAGUCCUCCGCCCGCCUCAAGCACCAGCGGGUGCACCUUGCCAAGGAAGCGGCCGGGGAACCAGCGUCCUGAAUGCUAACCACCCCCCCCACCCCCGAACCAACCCACCUUCCCCCUCCCCUUCCCCAAGCACUUUCAUUCCUUAACUGCUGAUCCUCUGACGGUGGUCGGGAAUUGAUCCUGCGUCACUAUCAUAGAACCUGAGGAUUUGUGGAGAUAUAACUCGGCUGACCGGGAAGUGGGGAGAGAGAACCGCUGUAUCAACGAUUCCUGAGGAGAGAAAAGCAGAGUUAGACCAUUAGAUACAGAAGCAAAAUUAGGUCAUGCAGCUCAUUGCUGCACAAUUCGUUCAUGGAACAACUGAACUGGAAAGCAGAUCGGAAAUGUGCUGGAGAAACUCAACGGGUCCAGCAGAACCCAGCUAGAGACAGGAACAGAGUUAACACUUCAAGUCUGGUAUGACUCCUCCACAGAACUCCGGAACUUCUUCGCUUCCCAAAGAGUAGUCAUGCUGAACUCAAAAGAACAACCCUACGUUUUCCUUUCCGUAGAUGCUGCUAGUCCUGCUGGGACUCUCCUGCAUUAUCUAUUUUCGUAGAAAAUACAACCAAAGAAGGCAUUGUCUCAGUGUCAGACCAGUAUGAUGCUUGUGAACGGCUCAGAAGAGAGGUUCAGGUGCUGUUAGGAAUGACCCUAAUAAUCUGGUGGGACCCAUUUGGGGGUGGCUUCAAGGGAGAGGGUUGGUCGUAGAGAAGCUACCAAAGGAGUCAACAGGUGGUAGGUUAAUCCCUCCUGGCUACCCACUGGUGUUGCUUUCCUCAAUGACACUGUCAUUCCCACCAGCCUAACUUCCAAUCGCUGCCAGCUGAUCUUCUACAUCCCAACCUCCCUAAAUCUGAGGUCAUCCAAAGUGGGUUCUGUUCCCCUAUCACCUUCCCCAAGACAGCUGGAGCUCACUGACUUAUAUUGGCUUCCAGCCCAGUGACAUUUCAAGUUUGAAGUCAUUCCAUUUGUGAUCUGCUAUCACCCUCUAUGAUCUCUGCGCUCUUCCUAAUUCUUGUUCAGUUUUGGAAACCUAGUCAGCAUUGAUGAGUUGGGCUGAAGGGCCUGUUUCCGUGCUGUAUAGCUCUAUGAUUCUAAUUCCACCCAGUGUGAACAUCCACUGAUUCCUGAUCACUCUUCCAUAAGUGGCCAUGCCUUCAACUACACAAGAGGCCUAAACUCUGGUGUUACCUCCCCCUCUGCCCUUGUUAAAAUCCAUCUCUCGGGCUCAAACAAGACUGUUUCAGCAAGGCACUGGUGAUCUGGCCAUAUGUCUCCCUGGGAUGUUUCUUUACAUUAAAGGCCCCAUGUAACAUGACAUUGUCAUUCUCCACUUCUGUCACUGCUCUAUCUGCAGUCUUUGUUCUGUGUUCAUGAUAUGACCUAUUAUGUGUGUGGAUUAUCUGUUUUGCAAUAAAUAAACUGCCAUCAGGUCUCUUUAACAAACAACAAAUCUUGACUUUUUGCA